AUGUAUGAAGUCCAACUAUUAUCCGAGGACGAAGCACUUGAGUUGUUCAGCAGGCAUGCUUUUAGAGAAAAAACACCAAAAGAAGAUUUUAUGGAACUUUCAAGACAAGUGGUGGAGUAUGCCGGUGGACUCCCUUUAGCUCUUAAAGUUUUGGGUUCUUCUGUUUACGGACGUAACAAAGGGCUGUGGAGAGACAUAAUUGCUAGACUGAAGGAGAUCCCUAAUGAUGACAUUCUAGGAAAACUUAAGAUUGGUCUUGACGGAUUGAAAAAAGACGAGAUGAGGAUAUUUCUAGAUAUCGCAAGCUUGUACAACGAUAGACCAGUAUAUGUUGUGGAACAAAUACUUAAGAGUUGUGGUAUUCACAUGGUAGGAAUAAGCCGCCUCAUCGAAAAAUCUCUCUUAUCCGUCAGUAGCUAUGAGUACAACUACUUUAAUAUGCAUAAUUUGAUAAGAGAAAUCGGUGAAAAUGUGUUGAGAGAAGAGUACAGAAACAGCAGAAUAUGGCUUCCUAAGGAGGUUCAUGACCUUUUCGCUGGAAAGUUGAAAACAAAAAAGGUGGAAAGGCUACGGAUUCCAAAAGGUUAUCGUUUUGAAGAUGAUCAUGUAAAUUAUGGCAAGGUAUUCAAGAAGAUGGAAAGCUUACAGGUGCUGAUAUUUGAUAAUCAAACCAUUUGCUCAGAAGGCAUUAUCACUUGUCUUGCUUCUAGCCUGCGGUGGAUUGAAUGGCCGGACUAUCCUUCAAGUUCAUUGCCGGAGGGGUUUGACUCAUCACACCUCGUUGGGCUUUGUUUACAUAGAAGUCGUCUUGUUGAACUUUGGCCAAUACGAAAGAAAUUGAGCAACUUGAAGCAUUUGGAUCUCAGGGACAGCCUCAAGUUAACAAAAACGCCUAAUUUUGGCGAUAUGCCAAUCUUGGAGACACUAAAUUUAUGGCACUGUGAGAAUUUGGAAGAG